CAAAGCUAAGAAACCCUCCAACUUCCAAGCACCUCCGCAUCAAACACUCCGGCCACUUCUCCGACAACUCGCCGGAAAAUCAAGAGAACUCCGAUAAAGAUGAGACCAACAUGAACAACAAUCAUCGCAACCAUGUCAGCUUUAUCAUGCACCGAAGACUUGUUUUCCAACUUACUUUGCUGUGAGGACUCCGAGAUAUUGUCUAGAGACUCGCCGGAGUGUUCAUCGGCCUUUGAAACUUCGGCGGAUAUAGAGGAAUCCAUUGCUUUGUUCAUAGAGGGUGAGAGAAAGUAUGUUCCUGGUGUCAGUUCUGCCCGGAAGAGUCAGUCGGAAUCAGUUGAUCAAGCUGCUCGACAAGCUUCUGUUGCAUGGAUUUUAAAGGUGCAACGUUAUUAUGGUUUUCAGCCAUUAACAGCGUAUCUCUCUGUCAAUUACAUGGACCGUUUCCUCAACUGUCAUAGUUUGCCCGAGCAGACAAAUGGGUGGCCAAUGCAACUCUUAUCCACCGCUUGUUUGUCAUUAGCUGCUAAAAUGGAAGAACCGAUGGUACCUUCUCUUCUAGAUCUUCAGGUUGAAGGUGCAAAAUUUUUAUUUGAGCCGAAAACUAUUAGAAGAAUGGAGUUUCUUGUGCUUGGUGUUCUUGAUUGGAGGCUAAGAUCCAUCACUCCUUUCACCUUUCUCAGCUUCUUUGCUUACAAACUUGAUUCCGCGGGAACUUUCAACGACUUCCUUAUCUCUCGAGCCACUGAUAUUAUUCUAUUGAAUAUGCAAGUGAUAUUUGCAGAGGCCAGUUUUUUGGAGUAUUGGCCAUCAUGCAUAGCUGCUGCUACUAUUCUUUGUGCUGCGAAUGAUAUUCCAAACUUCUCUUAUAUUAACGCUGGCCAUGCUGAAUUAUGGUGUGAAGGACUUCGAAAAGAGAGUAUUGUCAGCUGCUACCGACUAGUGCAAGGAAUCGGAGAGAAUACUCGGUUAAGAAAGCGAUCAAAAGCGUCACCGCAGAUCCGAGUCAUGAAACGAGCUAGUAAAGUGUCGUUUGGUGACUCGGAAUCCUCCUCUUCCUCAGCAGCAUCAUCUUACAAAAGGAGGAGACUAAAUAACAGUUUGUGGGUUCAUGAUGACUUGGAAACAUCUGAGCAAGGUGCAUGCUAGGAGAAACAGAAAGCAUAAUAAUUUUCAUCGACAAUAAGAAAAUAAGAAAAUGACAAAUAUAAUGGUGGUCCAAGAGGCCUACCAUUAGUCCUCAUAUUGAAUUGAGGAUUUUGAUUUCGAAAAAGUAGAUAGUGAGUGAUUUAGAUUAUUACUUUUAUAGGCAUGUAUGAUGAGAGGGCUCUAGAUUCAUUAAUUUUUUUGGUUAUGGGUGGGCAGUGCCAGUCAUUCAUUAACAUGACUUUGGCUUUGCAGAUUCCCAAGGGAAUGGGAAUCAUUUUGUUCAUUUGGUACAAAAUGAAAGUGAAGAAAAAAGAGUGUGAUUUUAGUUUAAUUAAUGGUACUAGUGAGUGGGAGUCAUAUAUGGAGUAGAAUGAACUUGAAGGCAUAACCGGAUAGUCCAGUGGUAAAGACUUUUCCUACAUCGCCGUAGGUUAUGAGCUUGAUUUUUGCUCACCUCCGAAGAUUCUUGGAAAAGAUACUAAAUGUUUGACAUAUAAGCCUAUUUAUUCUGCAUGAUUAUACCGAGAUGGAGGGCAAGCUACGUGAACGGUGUAUGUGUGCCAGAAAGUCAAGCGGCUGCUGAUCCGUACCAUCAUUGUCACUCCUCAAUGAAGCUUUCAUUUUAUUAAGGAUUUGGAAUAGAAGAAAAAAGGGAGAGAACCAGGUGAUGGCUAUGGCUCCAUGACUUCUUUCGAGUGCUUUGUGUGUGUACAUGCUAUUGUGAGUGUUGUUUUGGCAGGUAUGGCCCCUCACAGUCCUAACUAUAUACUGGACUUUUCGAGUUUUAAGCGUGUAACAUGGUGAUUAUGCGCGUAUUUUGUCAUUUUCUUUUUCAUUAUUUGAGCUUGAAAGUUCAUUGUACUUCUCUUUUUGAGGAGAAAGUCGCUCUUUGAUGGCUAAAUUUUGGCCUAAUUAUACAAAAGGUCUUUGGGGCCUUUUUCUUGUG